AUGGCAAGUUUAACAGUUUUGUUGCGUCAUUCUGGCAAGUGGAACGAUGAGGGCAAUUACAUCAAUUUUUCAAUUGAGGGAAUACUGAUAAAGGAGUAUGCCUCCUUUAAUGAUCUGGUGGUUUUAAUUUCAAAUCAACUGGGUAUCGAUUUGAGCUCCAAGACCAUUAAAAUACAAUACAAAGUAGAAGGAAAUUGCACACCAAUGGAAAUACACAAUGAUAUGGGUUACAGAGUGUAUGUAGAAUUGAAGAAAGAGAACAGAGAAUUUGGGAUGUAUCCUUUGUGCAUAACAACUAUAGAAAAAGAUCUUAUAUCCGGAGGUAGUUUAAAUCAAGGCGACAUUGUGCAAAUAGAUGAAGGAGUUCAAAGGUACGAUUCCGAUACAGAUGAUACACUGGCUCUAGAUUUUGUCAAUUCAGGAGAAGCGAUUGGAGUGUUCGAACUCCACAAGGAUUUGAUAAUUUCAAAAACUAAUCAAAAGGAGGUUAUGGCUGGACAAGUUUAUAAGGAUAAGGCUACAUUGAAAGAGGUGAUGAAGAAUUAUGCUAUAGCUCAAAAAUUUCAAUUCCGGGUUAAUAGAUCUAAUGCUGUCAGCUAUGCAUUAUUAUGCAUUUCAGAAGAUUGUGAAUGGAGGUUUAAGGCUUCAAAUAUUAACAAAUCAAAACUAUUCAAAGUGAGAGAAUUCAAUGAUAACCAUACAUGUCCGCUGAAGGACAAGGUGUAUGAGCAGCGGCAGGCUAGUAGCAGCCUUAUAGGUGGUAUGAUAAGGCCUAAGCUUACAAACCAUAAGAGGAAAUACACUCCAAAGGAUAUUAUUGAUGAUGUGAAAUCAGAUUUAGGUGUAGAUGUUAGCUACAUAUUGGUGUGGAGGGCUAAAGAAAAGGCAAUGAAUUUUCUGAUAGGUGAACCGGCUGAUUCAUACAAAAAAUUACUAGGAUACUUAUAUACAAUGGAUAUGACAUAUCCAGGUUCCCACAUAAGAAUGGUAAAAUCGCCAAAAAAUGAAUCCAUACCCAUUGUUGUUGUGGAUGGAAGUCACCUAAAAUCUUAUUACACCGGGACAUUCGUUUCGACAAGCACGUUGAAUGGUGCAGGUCAUAUAUUGCCACUAGCAUAUGGUAUUAUUGAUUCAGAGAACGAUGUUGCUUGGACGUGGUUCUUUGAGCAAUUCAAGAUAGCAUACGGUGAAAGGGAAAACAUGUGCAUCGUUUCAGAUAGAAAUGAGAGUAUCAUUAAAUCUGUAUCGAGAGUGUAUCCAGAUGUACCGUAUUUUGCUUGUAUAUGGCAUCUAUGGAACAACGUAUAUAAGAAAUUCAAAAAGAGCCAUGCCAAGUUGAGCGAGAUAUACUUCUCGAUGGCAAAUGCAUACACACAAGCUGAAUUUGACAGUCUGAUGGAGAAGGUGGAGAAUGUAGAUAUUAGGGUGAAAGAAUACUUAGAGUUAGCUGGUUACGAAAAUUGA